UGUGCAACGGCCACAAGAGGAAGACUCUCUCAGUCUCAACGGCCGGCCAACCAACCAACCAACUGCCUGCCUGCCUGUCUGCCUGCCUGCCUUCCCCGUCCGCGAUGGAAGGCGCCUUCGCUGCCUCCCCCUCCAUGGCCCUGAAGCGCAUGAGCCCCUUCCAGAGCAAGGAGGCCAGCCCUCCUCCUCGCAGCCCCGCCUUCACCACCAAGAGGGGCUACGACGUCCUCCGAUACCCCGCCCUCAACAAGGGCCUGGCUUUCACCUUGGAAGAGAGACAACAGCUGAAUAUUAGUGGACUACUACCUCCCUGCUUUCUCAGUCAAGAAGUACAGGUUUUAAGGGUUUUAACAAACUUUGAAAGACAAACAUCUGACUUGGACAGGUAUAUUCUGCUAAUGGGCCUUCAGGAUCGAAAUGAAAAACUAUUUUAUAAAGUGCUGACUUCUGACAUUGAAAGAUUUAUGCCUAUUGUUUAUACUCCCACUGUUGGUCUGGCAUGCCAACAAUAUGGUAUAACAUUUCGGAGGCCAAGAGGACUCUUCAUCACUCCACAUGAUCGAGGACAUGUUGAAACUUUAUUUAAAUCAUGGCCUGAAGCAGUCAUCAAAGCUAUUGUGGUGACUGAUGGAGAACGUAUUCUAGGUCUUGGAGACCUUGGAUGUUACGGAAUGGGCAUCCCAGUGGGUAAACUAGCACUUUACACAGCAUGUGGAGGACUGAAGCCCCAGGAGUGCCUGCCUGUUAUGCUUGAUGUGGGAACCGACAAUGAGACAUUGCUAAAAGAUCCUUUGUAUAUUGGGCUGAGACAUAAAAGAAUCAGAGGCCAAGCUUAUGAUGACCUUCUAGAUGAAUUCAUGCAAGCUGUGACAUCCAGGUAUGGCAGAAAUUGUCUCAUACAGUUUGAGGAUUUUGCUAAUGCAAAUGCAUUCCGUCUCCUGAAUAAAUAUCGCAACCUGUACUGCACAUUCAACGAUGACAUUCAAGGAACAGCCUCUGUAGCUCUUGCAGGUCUCCUUGCUGCUCUCCGGAUUACUAACAACAAACUGUCAGAUCACACAAUACUGUUCCAGGGAGCAGGAGAGGCAGCUCUGGGAAUAGCCAAUCUGAUUGUUAUGUCCAUGGAAAAGGAAGGGAUAGCUAAAGAGGAAGCCAUCAAAAAGAUAUGGAUGGUUGAUUCCAAAGGAUUAAUUGUCAAGGGUCGAGCUUCGCUUACAACUGAAAAACAACGGUUUGCCCAUCAGCAUGAGGAGAUGAAAAAUCUAGAGGACAUUGUUAAUAAAAUUAAGCCAACUGCUCUUAUAGGGGUUGCUGCCAUUGGUGGAGCAUUUACGAAAAAUAUCAUCAUGGCUAUGGCUUCAUUCAACAAGCGGCCAAUAAUUUUUGCCCUGAGUAACCCAACUAGCAAAGCAGAAUGCUCUGCUGAGGAUUGCUACCAUCUAACUGAGGGGCGUGGCAUUUUUGCAAGUGGAAGCCCUUUUAAAAAAGUCACUCUCCCAGAUGGACGAACAUUUUUUCCUGGGCAGGGUAACAAUGCCUACGUGUUUCCAGGAGUUGCCCUUGCAGUUGUUUCAUGUGGAAUUAAACAUAUAAGUGAAGAUGUUUUCCUCACUACUGCAGAGGUUAUAUGUCAACAGGUUUCAAAGAAGCAUUUAGAAGAGGGUCGUUUGUAUCCACCUUUAGCAUCAAUUCAAGAGGUUUCUCUGAAAAUUGCUGUAAAAAUUGUAGAGGAGGCCUACAGCAAGAACACCGCCACUUUCUAUCCUGAGCCAGAAAACAAGGAAGCAUUCAUCCGCUCCCAGAUUUAUAGCACUGACUAUGAAAGCUUUCUGACAGACUCUUACACCUGGCCCAAAGAAGCCAUGAAAAUACAGACUGGGAAAUUGUAACAGAAAAAUAGCACUGCAACAAUACUAGAAGCACCUGGAUACUUACUAGUUUUCAUCAUUUAUUAAAUCAUAGCACAAGUUUAUCAAACUCAGGUUAUAUUUCUUUUCCUUUUUAACAGCCCUGAAAGCCAUGGAUGUUUGGUUAGAAAUUUUAAUAGUUUGUUAAGCUAAUUAAUUAAGCAAAAUUAGUCUACAAAUAAGAGAAUAAAGGAUAAUUUGAGUCUUUUUUAAAGUUCAUAGGGAUUCUCCUAGAUUCAUUAUAAUAAAAGAUAAAUACAGAAACUAAAGUAGAAAUGUACUUAUUGUCUACCUUGACAUCUGUAUGAAAUUAUGGUUCUGUGCUACAGUUUUUCCAUUAAUCUUAGAAGAGUAAUAUUGAGUGUAAAAGCAAUAUAUCAACAUGACUGUUUAAAAUGUGACACACUUAUUUCAUGUUUUAUUAUUUUCUGAUGUUAGAACAAAUACUUCUAGAUGAAAAAAAAAAGCAUUUUGUGUUCUUGGCUCAAGUGCAACUGAGAACAUUUGUCAGCCAGCAGUGUGCCUGAUUUUCACAUGGAGGGUAAGUCCUGGUAAAUCCAUGAAAAAAGAAACUAGGAUAAAAGUCUUGGAUGCUGCUAUCCUUAAUUUUAGAACCUUUAGUGAUGAAUACUUUCUAAAUAAUAUAGAACACAGGUGCUCUUUUUUUGUUAAAAAAAGGAAAAGAAUUAAUGUUGUUUGAAUACAAAAAAAAUCCUUUGUUCAUAAAAGUUACAAUUUAAUUUAAGAGCCAUGCUGGACAAGAAACUGUAGUUCAUGAACGUCUUUCCAAAUGGCCUGCUGAAUGUUUUAGGAAAGUCUGUACAAGAAACAUAGGGAAUUGAGCACUGAAUUCCAUCUGAGAGAGGGAGCUACAGACUGCAGGGAUGUAGUGAACAGGUCCAAAGGCAAAAGGGUCAGACUAAGCAUGCCAGUUUAUUUUAUCUUAAAAUUCUUAUUGCCCGGAAACAACACUUUGGGAGAGUUUACAACCCUUUAGAAAAGGAAAAACAGACCAUGCUGUUUGGUGCAACAAGCACAUUUCCCACCCUUCCCAUAGAUCUUCUCUCAUUGUUUGUCUCUAGGCAGUUUUCAUUUGGCUAAUAACUGCUGAAAGAAUUUGAAUGUUUCAUUAAUUUGGCUAAUUUCCAUUUAAUGAUAUCUGAACGGGAGCCAUAUACUGUGACAGCAAACCGCGUACAUCAAUUAUUCAUUGUAAGAAGUCCUCUCUUUUGCAAUCUUGAAUCUAGUGUCAAUUUUAGUUGGUGACAGACAGACUUCUAUUACUGUGAAGGAGAAAAAUUCCUUUAUAGCUAUUUCCUCCAGUCUUUUAGAGUUAUAUAAACCACUAUUGCUUCUCUCAUACCCUUAAGUAGUAACAUUUUUCGCACUCAAUCAUUUUCAAGAAUUCCAGGCAUUUGCCUCUUUCUGCACCAUUUCCAUCCUUAAAGUGUUUUCUUUUAACCCAGAGCAAUUAAAACUAUAUCCUAAAGUACAGUUGUACUAGAAAUGUAUAUAAGGGCAUUACAGUAUUGAUUCUUUUGUUUUCAGUGUGUUUGUGGUUGCCGCACACUGCACUGACAUUUUCAUUAAGCUGUUUAUCAACUCUUUCCUAGAGAGCUGGUCAGUUCAGACCCUGUAAACAUACUUGCAAAAUUUGGAUAUUUUUUUUCCUAAUCUGCAGUGACUCUACACAUAUGUACCCUGAUC